AGUAUGCAUCCCGAUCCCAUCAGCUGUUGAAUUUUGUUUAUAAUUUCGGCAUUUUGUACAAUAUAUAGAAAGUGAUAAAUAAGAGCCCCCAUGCAAGCCAUGGACACAAAGAAAAUAUCAUUUGGCUUCAGUAAAGUGGCCAAGAAGCCAAACAUUUUGCCCAGCAAAGUCCCAAAAGAGGAAAACAGGGUGGAGCUGAUAAAAUGCGUGGAAGGAAAGGAAAUCAAGCUAGUCGCCGAAAGAACAGAGACUGCGCCGCUGGUUAUACAAAUGCAAGGAAGUCAAAAAACCUCCUCGGCGCUUGCAAGUCUGAUGAAAAGGAGGCAAGUUCUACUUGGUGAGGAUGAGCCCGAUCCCGAAGAGUCCACAUCCGCACCUCAAUCAAUUGCAGAGGUCACUGCAGCAAUGGCGGCUGAAAACCUGGAGCAACGGGCAACCCGUGAAUUGUUAGCUGCUGCCCAAGAGAAUGGUAGCGAAAAUCUGAACGGGGAGAAGCUCGUUCUGCCUGCAGUUAAGGCAGAUGAGUUGCCGCUGGAAGGUGCCAAAGAAGCCUCCUUGGAUGAUUAUGACUCCAUACCAAUCCAACAGUUUGGUCUUGCCAUGCUUCGCGGCAUGGGCUGGGUGGACCCACCGCCCAAGAAAAAAGGAUCAGGCCCUGUCGACGAUUCUCCAUUUAUGCGACCAAAAGGCAUGGGCCUCGGAGCUGACAAGGCACUCAAGCCCAAGGCCCUUCUUGUGCAGCCGGAGAAGAAUGAGGUGCUGGAGAUCAAGAAGCAAGCCUUUGUCCGAAUCCUAGGAGGGAAGCAGAAGGAUCAAUACGGGCAAAUAGAGGGAUUCGAUGACCACGCGGGCCGAGUGAUUGUCAGAAUGGCAAUUGGUGGCAACAAGGAGGCAUUCAAUGAGUUUCUCUGCCAGCCCGUAUCCCGCAAGGAGUACUCUCAGUAUGGAAAGUGCAUAAAUAGUGCCAAAUACAAUGAGUUCAAAAAGCAGGAGAACGAACAUGGCCAAAUCAUUGUGAAGCAGGAAAAACCUUCGGAGGGCAGGAGCAGAGACCGAAGAGAGGAAAGCAAGUCAUAUAGGAAUGAAGACCGGGAUCGCAAGAGCUAUAAGGGGGAAAAUCAGAGAUCGUUCAAAGAUGAAGACCGAACGAGCUACAAGGACGAAGAUCGCAAAUCAUUCAAAACGGAGAGUCGCACAGACAGAAAUGACAGGUCGGAUAAAUAUGAAAGCAAACCCAGCAAGGGAGAGGAUCGAAGGCCGCACAAGCUGGAGGAUCAUGGAGAGAGACCGAAAUAUAUUCAGGACCCGCGAAGCAGCAGCACUUCCGCAUCCAGGACGGGCACCAUGCAACAUCAGCGCGAGGAGCGUGAGCGGCGACGUUCGCCGAGCCCAAGGACCAUUCAGCGGCAAAAGAGCAGCUCAGACGAGGCGGACGACACGGGCGAGUCCACGGAAAGCGAUUCAGACUCUGCCUACGAACGCAAGAAACACAAAAAGAAGUCCACCAAGAAGUCCAAGAAGCACUCAAAGAAAUCAAAGAGCAAGUCGAGUCGGUCCAAAAACUCUAGUGCGGAGAGCGACGAUAGCCUGGACGAGCAGCGCAGGCACCCAAGAAAGCACAAAAAGAAAACCAAGAAGAGCAAGCAUGCCCGAUCCCGAUCACGGUCCAGAUCGCGGGCACGAGGCAAAUAAUAGGCUGAUUUGAUCUAUUC